UUAACAGUAUCAUACGAAAAGUACUUCUCUUCAUUCAAUUGACAGAUAAGAUGUAAUUGGAAUUCAGUGUCAGCGUUAAGCUUUGAGCUUGUUUAUACAAUGCAAGCGUUGAGCGAGGAGUAGCUGUGUAGAAAGGACAGCCUGGACACAGGACACCGGACGGGUCUAAUAAAAUAUGUCAAUACCUGUAAAGACAUCAAAUGCUGCUCCAAAUUUGAUGUCAAUUAGUCUAAGUUUCGAUCCAAAGAUUAUAUUUGUUUUAAACAGAUAGGAUCAGGAUUUGGUGAUUUAACUUCAAUAUGGCUCGCACAUUAUAAUGGUGUAAAGAAGAAUAUUGUGAUUAAGAAAACAAAACUUGAUGUUUCUGACACCAAGAAAAUCGACCUGAUCAGUCAUGAAGUUUAUCUUUCAAGAAUCUUGGCUCACCCUAACAUUGUUGCAAUGCUAGCAGCAUUCGUUUGUAAAGAAUUAUGGACUAUUAGUCCAUAUAUGGAAUAUGGCUCCUGUGACAAAAUAAUAAAAGAAGGAUUUCCGCUAGGCCUUCCCGAGGCAGCUAUUUUACUCAUAUUACGUGAAGUACUCAAAGCUCUGGAUAACAUCCAUAGAAUGGGCUAUGUUCAUCGUGCUGUAAAAGCACAUCAUAUACUUAUUGAUGGAAAUGGUACAGUUUGUCUUACUGGUCUUCGUGAAUCUCAUUGUCUUUCACCAAAUGGUUACAAUCAUGUGUAUGACUUUCCUGAGGAUGCUGUUGCAUCUGUACCUUGGCUAGCACCUGAAGUUUUAGAGCAGAACAUUCUUGGUUAUGAUUAUCGUUCGGAUAUAUACAGUCUUGGGAUAACAGCUGUUGAAAUGGCUUGUGGUAUUGAACCUCACAAGAAUGUUUCUGCAACUCAGGUUUUGCUGGCCAAGCUACAAGAAAACGAUGUAAAUCUUCAAAAUUUGAACGAUUCGCGUCUUUCAAGGACAUGUGGUGCAUCUGAUUCAGGUGUAGGUGAUAGUUUUGGCGUGACGCGUCAAGGACGUCGCGAAAGCGUUGAAAAUAAGAAGUUCUCAAUGUUGUUUAGUGAGUUUGUUGACUGUUGCUUGCAAAAAGAACCUAAGAAUCGACCAUCGGCACGUAUGUUGCUCAAUCAUGCAUUCCUCAAACAAGCUAAAAAGAAAAUCAAACGAAGUUUACCUGAACUGUUACUUCCUGUGCGUCCUCAAACUUUUGAAAAUGUUGCUAUUUCCAAUGAAGAGAUAAAAACUGCAAACGUUUGCUCUGUGACCGAAAGUUUGGAUAAACUCGAUGUCAGCUCUUGGAACUUUUAAACUUUUGUAUUUUCGUUACAAGUUUAUAAAAAAGAAGAGCGUGUUGUAAUUAAAUAAAUCACUUGGUGUUUUAAAAUAAACAAGAAAUUUGGCUGA